AUGUGGGCCAGAGUUGGUCAUUCGAAGUUUUGGUAUCCAACGAACAACAUGGCGCAAACGGAGGACGCGGUGCAACCCCUAUUGCAGCAGUUCCAGCAACUCUUCUUCAUAUCCAAGAUAGCAGGAAUUCUGCCGCAGGAUCUGGAGAAGUUCCGCAGCAGGAAUCUGCUGGAGAAGUCCCGCAGUGGCAUGAUCUACAUGCUGUGCACUCUCUUGAUCUACGUGGUGCUCUACAACAUUCUAAUCUACUCCUUCGGGGAGGAGGACCGCACGCUCAAGGCCUCGCAGAGCACCUUGACCUUCGUGAUUGGCUUGUUCCUGACCUAUAUCGGUCUCAUCAUGAUGGCCACCGACCAGUUGACCGCCCUACGGAACCAGGGCAGGAUUGGGGAGCUCUACGAGCGCAUUCGCCUGGUGGACGAGCGGCUUUACAAGGAGAAGUGUGUGAUGGACAACAGCACAAUUGGUCGGCGCAUCCGGAUCAUGCUGAUCAUGACGGUCAUCUUUGAGUUGUCCAUUUUGGUGGCCACCUACGUCAAGCUGGUGGACUACAGUCAGUGGAUGUCGUUGCUGUGGGUAGUCUCCGCCAUUCCGACGUUCAUCAAUACGCUGGACAAGAUCUGGUUUGCCGUUUCGCUAUAUGCGCUUAAGGAACGCUUCGAGGCCAUCAAUGCCACGCUGGAGAAGCUGGUGGACACGCACGAGAGGUACAAGCUUUGGCUACACAGCGAUCAGGAGCAGGCACCUCCUCUAGACAGCUCCCAGCCGCCGGAGUACGACAGUAAUCUGGAGUAUCUGUACAAGGAGCUGGGAGCCCUGGACAUCGGUUCCAUUGGCAAGAGUUCGGUGUCUGGUUCGGGAAGGAAUAAGGUGGCACCGGUGGCGCACUCGAUGAACUCUUUCGGUGAGCGAAUUGAAGCUGUCUCCGGUAAGCCACCACCUCAUCCUCUUGCCUCAAACAUGGUGCACGAAAGCGAGCUGGGAAAUGCCGCCAAAGUGGAAGACAAGCUGAACAACCUGUGCCAGGUGCACGACGAGAUUUGCGAGAUUGGCAAGGCCAUGAACGAGUUGUGGAGCUACCCCAUCCUAUCGCUAAUGGCUUAUGGAUUUCUCAUUUUUACGGCACAAUUGUAUUUUCUCUACUGUGCCACACAGUUCCAAUCGAUUCCAUCGCUUUUCCGCUCCGCCAAGAAUCCCUUUAUCACGGUCAUAGCCCUGAGCUACACGUCCGGAAAGUGUGUGUAUCUCAUCUACCUGAGCUGGAAGACCUCGCAGGCCUCCAAGCGCACUGGUAUCAGUCUGCACAAGUGCGGUGUGGUGGCCGAUGAUAAUCUUCUCUACGAAAUAGUGAACCAUCUGUCGCUGAAGCUGCUUAACCAUUCGGUUGACUUCUCCGCCUGUGGAUUCUUCACACUGGACAUGGAGACGCUGUAUGGCGUGAGCGGCGGUAUCACCAGCUAUCUGAUCAUCCUGAUUCAGUUCAAUUUGGCCGCCCAGCAGGCCAAAGAGGCCAUACAGACAUUCAACUCGCUGAAUGACACAGCCGGCUUGAUUGGCGCGGCCACUGAUAUGGAUAAUGGCAGCUCCACGCUGCAUUACCUGGUCACCACCACCAUGCUGACUCCGACGGGCUAAAGAUCAGGGUUACUCGGAAGUUUUCUUCAAUAUAUAGAGCACCUCCCGGCACUUUUAUUUCUGUCUUUGGCACUUAAUAAACUCUCACAAAG